CUACCAGUCAGUGGUAAGGCCACAGUUGUCCAGAAAAGCUGAAAGACUCACGCAGCCCAGCCAGGAGCCGCCAAAUUGUCGUAGAAAUUAGACAACACUCGCAGACCUCUGAAGUCCUCUGAAGCUAGCUACAAAUCUUUUUAGCUGGCAUGGAAAUCGUUGAAGCAACUUUUGUCACCUUCAUCAACCCCAACCAGUUCCCUGCCAAGUUGUGGCAUUUGGUGAACGAUCCACAGAUUCGCUCAAUCUGGUGGGACGCCAGUGGGGAAGGAAUACUUAUCCAUCAGCAACCCUUCGAAGCUGAAGUGCUAUUGUCCCAACCCAGGCAUUUGUCUGAGUACUUCAGAACGACAGACUUCGUCAGUUUCAUUCGCCAGCUGAACCUCUACGGCUUCAGAAAAGAACGCACAGACCUUGACGUCUCAGACAAGCAACCCGACAUCUCAUCCAUUAAGGCCCAGCUGCACCACUUUCACAACCCGUUCUUCAAACGGGAUAAGCCUGAGCUUCUAGUCAAACUAAAGCGACUCACGCCUCUCAACAAGGCCAAGCUCGCCGGGAGAGAGGUGACCAGCAGGAAAUCAAAACAUUUCCAUCAUAUGAUGCUGAAUUCGCCACAGGAAACCUCUGGCUUAAAGAAAACAGGUUCAGUCUUGCUUGGACAUCAGGGAACCCCUUACCACCUUCCCUGUAAUGGCCCUCAGCAGGAGAAGGACUGCGACAGAACGUCCAAAUCCUCCCAAGCAUUUGUAGUGGGCCAUGGUGAUCCUUCUCCAGUUACAUUAAACACUAACGACGCUGUGCCUGUCCCUGUGUCUCACCACUUCCCAGUGGACUCGUCGAGUGCACAUCCCUCCAGUGUCAUGCACAUGCAGCAGGGCGUCAAACCUCAUCACUCACAGCACGGGUUUCACACACCAGUGUAUCAGCGCUGUAGCCCAGACGUCUUGGAUUCAAAAGUGCCAUGCUUUCAACAAUCAGCUGCUGCCUACUCUCCUUGUGGCUAUUACCCUGACCACUCAGUGAGAUACUCUCAUAAAUAUAAACAAAGAAGGCUGUGAAAAAUUGUCUUUAUUGAUUAACCUUUUGAUCUUUUGUUCAGCCUUCUUUGCUCAUAUUUACCAAGGAUGCCAAUAUUAGUGGAGGGCACUGUAUGUGGUUUAAAUCUCAUGUUCUCAUAUCAAACUCAUCAGAAAUCAUAGCAAAUGCUAACUUUUAGCAUUUCUAAUACUCAACUGUAGUGAUGCACCAAAAUCCCCCCCCCCCCCCCCCCCCAAAAAAAAAAAAAAAAAACCUGUUUAUUUGCAUAAUUUAUGCAAUUUUGAUUUGACUUUCAGGAAAACUGAAUUCGGUACGGAAAAACUCUGACACCAUAGCGUAGCCAUAAAAUGUUUGCAGUGUAAAUCAGUGUGUAAAUCAAAGUUUAUUCCUUAUCUAUGCACCUGUUUUUAAAUAAUCAGCACAUGACUGAACAAAACUUCUUUUUUUUUGUCAUGAAUUUGCAAUCAGAAGUUUAUAGACUUGUUUGUGAGGUAAUGGAUUUGAGUUUAUGGGUGCAUCUCAAUCAGCUCCAUAGUUCAGUAGUCAGGACACUGAUCAGAUAGUGGACCAUUUGAAGGGCUGUCUCAAUUGAGAAAUCCUACCAGUGUGCACUGGGACGUUCGCUCCCUAAAAAUCCCACAAUGCACCACGAAAACCAAGGAGCAUAGAUGUUCACUAUUUUCCCAUACUGAAAAUGUUUUCAGAAGCCUCUCAGAUCGAACAAUGUGGCGGACGAGUUUAUAAGAGUAUCUUAAAACUAUGUGAGGCAUGAGGAUGUUUAACAUUCCAUAUUUCUCCUACUGUAUUUGAGCGUCUUUGGGGAUUUUUAAUAUUUUUUUUCUCCAACCCCCCGGUGUUUUUGUUUACUGAAGUAAGAUGCAAAGGUAACUAUAUUUAGAGUUCCAUGUUCAUCCCCUGUAACUCUUUGCUAUGUAGGUACUCCACUAAAGAGAUAAGCUUGCUGUGAUGGUUGUCACUGCAAGUCAGAUAGCUUUAAUAGACCUUUGGUGAAAAACGUUGCAUGCAGUAACGGCUCUUUCUUUAGAGAGUUACAGCUCUUGAUUGUAUGUUUUGUGUUUUUUCAUUGUUUCUUUCUGUAAUAAUAAUGAUGAUAAUGUAUCCGUGUAGUCCUGUACAUGCAGUACAAAGCACUUGGGUGAAUUCUAGCUUCUAACGAAUGACCUAAACCCCAACUUCCAGCACAUUUUAAUACGUGCUCCGAGACAUCUCGUACAUCUUGCCAGUUAAUGAUCAGCUUUAAUACGUGUGAUCCUGUAGAGAUUUUUUCCAAUCACACCGGAAGCCACAAUCUUUUACAAAAAAAAAAAACACAUGCACAUUUAUUUCAAAGCAUUCCAGUAAUUUAUCUUGAUGCCAGCUCUUGGAGCUCUCUGGAGGUAAAGAAGGACCUAUUAUUGGCAGCUUGGCCGCGUUCACGUGCCUUGCUAAUAUGGGAUGUCCACAUCUGUGCCCAAAUCAAUUUACCUCAUUUACCUCAGUUUACCUCAUCAAAGCUUUUAUUAUUUUGUUUUUUGCACUCUUUCAGACCCCUCUAUUUAUUGUUGUAUAAAUAAGAGUUUUGUUUUGAAUGCAAGGAGGAAGUGAAAUAGACAAAAAUGUUUGUUCAGUUCAGUGGUGUUGUUAUCAUUGUGUCAAAUACAAAAGUAAAAUAAUAAAUAAAUAUUGGUUCUGCA